UGCAAGAGGCACAAAGCAAACAAGGCAGAGAUCGUAGACUCAGAGCGCGGAACCCUCGUCCAAAAACACAGCACUCACAGAGGACCAUGGCAUUUGCAGGGAUGCUGAGUGAGGAGGACAUCAGGGCUGCGGUCCAGGCUUGUCAAGCUGCUGACUCCUUCAACUACAAGACGUUCUUCGGCGCCUGCGGCCUGGCCGGCAAGAGCGCUGAUGAGAUCAAGGUUGCCUUCGGCGUCAUUGACCAGGAUGCCAGUGGCUACAUUGAGGAGGAAGAGCUCAAGCUGUUCCUGCAGAACUUCUCCGCAGGUGCCAGAGCACUCACCGACAAGGAGACCGCAGCCUUCCUCGCCGCUGGUGACAGUGAUAAUGACGGCAAGAUCGGAGUUGAUGAGUUCGCUGCCCUUGUCAAGGCAUAA